CUGCAGCCCGAGAGCCAAAAGUCUCCUCGUUUGUAAAACGAGGCCUGGCCUUUAAGGCUCUGAGGUUUAGCCGUUUGGCUUCCCGCGUUCAGGAGCAGCCUUUCCUCAGUGUGGACAACAGACUGGGUGGAGAACCCUUUAUCACCGUUUCCCGCAGUGUUUCCUGCCACGCUGCCUGCAGCCAAGGGCAGAACAACUUGGGGUUUUCUUUGAGACUUAGCAGUCUUGUGAGGCCCCAUUAAUUAAGCCCUCACCUCCCUGAGGCUAGCUAACCAUGAGGCGCUGUUUUGUUUUGGUGUCUGGAAGGAGGGAGACACAAACUUUCUUUGUAGGGUAAAGGGCUCACUGGUGCCGCGAGGUCCCGGGCGCCGCCUGGAGACUGGGCUGGGUGGAAAGGAGUUAAGGCAGGAAGAGUAGGCGUGUCAAGCCUGAAAGGCUCUGUAUAGUUUUGCUGUGGGCUGUUUUGGCCCACGUGCAAAUACACAAAGCAGUGUUUCAUAGACAAAACUUUUUAGUACCAGCUAGUUUUGAGAUACACCUGUUUUGGCUCUUUACCUCCAUAAGCAUUUAAUAGGUUAUUAAAUUGUUUUGGUGGUUUUUACAAAUGGACAAAUGAGACUUCCAGAUUCCUUUUUAUUGCAUUUAAAAUUCUUUUUUUUUUUUUUUGCUGUUUAUUAAUAAUGGAUUAGUAAUUACUUUUCAUUAUUUUGCAAACUUAAGUCUUUUGAUCGUAGGGAGAAGUAGGAUGUAGGAUAGAUGCUAAGACGCUGCUAUUGUUUACUUACUAGAACGGACAAAUGCUCCUUAUUCACUAUCAUGGAGGCAUUGGGAAGUUUAGAGGCCUGGGAUGCAUCUGGUGGCUGUAACCUUUAAAAUAACAAUACUGAUUGGUUCACCCUAAUUGUGCACAUGGGUUGGGAAAAUAUUAGGCUCUUUAAAGAAGCAAAACAAAAUACAAGUUACAGAGCAGGGAGAAAUUCAGUGAAUGUUUCUUGCUGCUCAUAUUCACUACCAUUAUGUUAUUCUGACAAGAGAGUGAGAAAGUGGUUUUCCUUAUGGGGUCAUCCCAAGCCAUUAGUGUUUGCUGGAAUAGAUAAAAACUGUUGGUUGGGCUUCCAAGGGUUAUUGUGGACCCAACAGGUUUUCAGAUGAACGCCAACGGAGAUCAUUUGGCAUUUAGCUGUGAUGUUGCCAAAGAAUGUGAUGUUCAAAAUACAUUUGAAAAGAUGGAGAAAAAUUUAGGUCGAGUUAAUUUCUUGGUAAAUGCAGCUGGAAUUAACAGGGAUAGCCUUUUAGUAAGAACAAAAACUGAAGAUAUGGUAUCCCAGCUUCAUACUAACCUCUUGGGUUCCAUGCUGACUUGUAAAGCUGCCUUGAAGACUAUGAUUCAACAACAGAGAGGGUCUAUUGUUAAUGUAGGAAGUAUUACUGGUUUAAAAGGCAAUUCUGGCCAGUCUGUGUACAGCGCCAGUAAAGGAGGAUUAGUUGGGUUUUCACGUGCUCUUGCUAAAGAAGUAGCAAGAAAGAAAAUUAGAGUGAAUGUGGUCGCACCAGGAUUUGUUCAUACAGAUAUGACGAAAGACCUGAAAGAAGAACAUUUAAAGAAAAUUAUCCCUCUUGGGAGGUUUGGAGAACCUAUUGAUGUGGCACAUGCGGUUGUGUUUCUUUUAGAAUCACCAUAUGUUACAGGGCAUGUUCUGGUAGUGGAUGGGGGAUUACAACUCAUGAUAUAAUUUACAGAUUAUUCAGUUAAAAUAGUGAUUAUAAUCAAAGGCACACUUGGGCUGUUGAUUUAUUUGUAUUUGGGCUGUUGAUACCUACAUGGGUGACAUUUGCUAAUCAAACUUAUUGAUGCUACAAAUACUAUUUCCAUUUUUAUAUGAAUAUGUCUAAAAAGAACAGUGUGUGACCAGUUGUGUUUUCUAAAUGCUAAGAACCUUAUAGGCUGUAGCAAUCUUAACAUAUAGACAUUUGCAAGUGCUAUAAACAGACAUUAUUUUAAUUUACAUAUUUUGUUGCGAAAGUGGCAAAAAUUAUAUGGUCUAAUGGUCAUGAAUUAUUUCAUUGUAUCAGGCAAAAUUCUCUAGAAGUUAACCUUGUGAGCCAUUGCUAAGAUAAUAGUAUUUAUAGGGCAUUGGUUAGUUGUCAGUAUUUUAGCAGUCCUGCCAAAGUUAAACAUUGUAUUCCUUUUACAUAUGCCUUAGAAGAUCAAUUUUUAUACAGGUUGGAAAAAAACAUCAGUUAGAUACAGGCAUAAAUUUAGAAUCCAAUUUCUUUGAGUGCAUUACUCCUGAUUAAGCAGCUGGGCAAAAUAAUUUACAAAUACAAGUGUGGUACAGUUGAUCCAUCCUAUAGAAUUUCUCAAAGUGAUGUGUAAUAAUAACCCUUAAGGUUUUAAUAUCUCGUAUAGUAAUGAGCUACAUAGAUAUUAUCAACUUAGGAAAUAGAAGUAGUUUUCUUGUGUGUGUUUUUUUAUCCUCAAAACACUAAUUUUAGCGAACUACUUAAAAACAGUGUAAGAAAUUAUGACAUUUUAAAAAUUCAGAAUAUUUUGUAUGAGUGAAUGUAAUAAUUUUUAUUAUAAAAUUUUAGAAAUAAUUAUGAAUAGCAUAAAUGAUACUUUAAGUAAAUAUGCAGCAACAGUGAAUAAGAUGUCUUUAUAAGGAACAGUUAAAGCAUUAAUUUUAAAAGAAAGUAUUUGCCUGAGAAUGGAAGACACAAACUGAAAUAUCAGGCAACAUCUAUUUUGCAUUGAACUCUUUUCUGGGGAAUAGUGUGAUAUUUUAAAUGUCACUGGAUUCGUGUUGAUUUUUAUUAUUUAUCAUUUUGAAAUAUGGUUUAAAUAUUUACUGCACUUUAAAAAGUAAGUUUUAUUGGAGCUGAACAUUAUUUUAUGUAAACAGAUUUUAUUUUAUAUUGCAAGUCAGUGCAAAGGUGUGAAUUGGAUGUACUAAAUAAAUGCAAUGUGAUAAAAGUAAUAAAAAUAAAAAAUAAAAAGUAAUAAAGUCAGAUCUAAUUUCUA